ACUGCAAGUGGACGAGCAACCGUGCGUGCAGACUAACCGUGCCGGCCAGGCGCUGCAGAUAAUGAGUGUCUGCAGAAAUCUUUCCACCUUUUCCACAUGUGCAGCUUUGUCUCUGUGGAUCCUAUUUGUCGUUGCAUGGCCGGUCCAAAGCCAACUGGGUUCUGAGAAUAAAGUAAUGGACAACAUCACAGUCCGACAGGGAGAGACGGUCCUCCUCAGGUGUGAACAGGGAGACACGGUCACACACACUGCUUGGCUAAACCGGUCGAGUAUACUGUAUGCCGGGGAGGACAAGUGGUCAGUUGAUACCAGAGUAAGUCUGGUGGCCCUUAAUCAAAUGGAGUUCACAAUCAAGAUUGAAAAUGUGGACAUGGCAGAUGAAGGGCUGUAUGUGUGUACAGUCCAAACAAGCACUCGACCAAGAACUACAUCUGUUUACAUUCUUGUUCAAGUUCCACCUAAAAUCAUCAACCUUUCAAGAGAAAUUGUGGUAAACGAAGGCUCAAACGUCACUCUGAUGUGUCAAGCCAGUGGAAAACCAGAGCCUUCCAUUAGCUGGAACUUCCUCUCUAAUUCAGAAGACCUGGCAUCAGAAGAGGAGUUGCUGAAAAUCUCAUCUAUUAGCAGACAGGGAGCAGGGACAUACGAAUGCACAGCUGUCAAUGGUAUCGGCACAGAUGUUCAGACUGUAGACAUCACCGUCAACUAUGCUCCAACCAUAACAGAAGGCCGAGACAUUGGCGCUACUCUAGGCCAGAAAGGAGUGCUCGAGUGUGAAGCCAGUGCCGUACCUGAAGCAGAUUUUGAAUGGUACAAAGAUGACAGAAGAAUCUUCAAUGGCCUUAAUGGGAUGGAACUGGUCAGCACAGGAGCUCUGUCAAAGCUGACCUUCUUUAAUGUGUCUGAUGGGGAUUUUGGAAACUACACUUGUCUUGCCAUCAACAAACUAGGGAGCUCCAACACAAGUUUCCUCCUGUAUUCGCAGUUCAGGAUGGCAACAUGAGCACAAUGGCAGUGCACGCUCACACCUGUCUCAUUCUGAUAGCGUUUGUGUCCUUCCUGCUCCAGCUUUGAAGACAAUUGGAUUUGAGUUUGUACACGGUUGUAUGCACAUUCUUUUCAUGCAGAAACAAACUGAUUCACAGGAAGUGCUACAUAUAUCUUGCAAAACACUGAUGUUGGCCCACUAAAAAAGACUUCAUUUGUUCUUAUUUCUAGUUUUUAAGUGUUUAAAAUACUCCUUUUAUUUAUU